AUGCUAAAGAUUUGCCUGUGGUUACUGUGUUGCAGCAGAAUCACCGAGAAUGCAAAGAAAUCCUUGGCCUCCCUGAAGAGACAAAACCCUCGGCUUGAGCCGACGCUCGCCGUCGUUCAGGUGCACAGUGAUCCUUUGAUUCAAGAAAUACACAAGAACUUUGCCAAAGAGGUUGGUCUGCGUGUUAUUCACAUCUGCCUCCCUGAAGGCAGCGGCAAGGAUGAGAUUGUCAAUGAAAUCUUGAGACUUAAUGAGGAUCCUAAUGUGCAGGGCCUUGCCCUUGACCUCCCAGAAAGCUUAUAUAGCAGUAAGGUAUUAAACGCUGUGAAACCAGAGAAGGAUGUGGAUGGAUUAUCCGAUGUGAACCUAGGACGCUUGGUACGUGGCGAUGCCUUCGACUGUCUCGUUCCUCCUACAGCGAGUGCUGUGAUGGAGCUUCUUGAAGAUUUAGCCACGCACUUUUGCAAAAAUAUUUUGAAAAUGAUCAAGAGGAAGCUUCAGCAUGCGGAUGUGGUGGUAUUUGGCAGUACAAAACCCGAUGAUGUUCCUGUGAGCUGGAUAAAGCCUGGAACCACCAUUAUCAGUUGUGCUCCUGACUUGCUGUCAGAGAAACACAGCUACGGUCAGCAAAACAACCAUGCUGCUGAAAACGCUGUUGGUUCUCUGGCAAUAGCAAUGCGAAUGCAGAACAUGGUAAAAAACAUGGAGCGAUGGAUCCAGUCCCAGCAGUACAGGAAGUGGGACCUCCGCUGCUUGAAACUGCAGCCCCUCUCCCCAGUGCCCAGUGAUAUUGAGAUUUCCCGAGCGCAGAGUCCAAAAACUGUUGAUGUGCUUGCCAAGGAGAUAGGAUUGCUUACAGAUGAAAUUGAGAGCUAUGGCCAAACCAAAGCCAAAGUACGUUUGUCCCUGCUGGAAAGGUUAAAGAAUCAACCAGAUGGAAAAUAUGUUCUGGUCGCUGGAAUAACCCCUACACCCCUAGGAGAGGGGAAAAGCACGGUCACCAUUGGUCUCGUUCAGGCUCUUACUGCACACCUUAACAUUAAUUCCUUUGCUUGUCUGAGACAACCUUCACAAGGGCCUACUUUUGGAGUUAAAGGUGGAGCAGCUGGUGGUGGAUACGCUCAAGUGAUUCCCAUGGAGGAGUUCAAUCUUCAUCUGACUGGAGAUAUUCAUGCUAUAACUGCUGCGAAUAAUUUGCUGGCUGCUGCUAUUGAUGCUAGGAUCUUGCAUGAGAACACUCAGUCUGAUAAGGCUUUGUAUAAUAGACUGGUUCCAGUGGUUAAUGGUGUCAGAGGAUUUUCUGCUAUUCAGCUUGCCCGUCUGAGAAAGCUGGGAAUAAAUAAGACUGAUCCUGGGACUUUAACAGAAGAGGAGAUCAGCAAAUUUGCACGCCUUGAUAUUGAUCCAUCUACCAUAACAUGGCAAAGAGUGGUGGAUACAAAUGACAGAUUCCUGCGCAAAAUAACAGUUGGGCAGGCAAAUACAGAGAAAGGAUUUGUCCGUCAGGCUCAGUUUGAUAUUGCUGUUGCAAGUGAAAUUAUGGCCAUCCUGGCACUUACCAUUAGCCUUCAAGAUAUGAAGGAGAGACUGGGGAAGAUGGUGGUGGCUAAUGACAAGAAAGGAAAACCAGUAACAGCAGAGGAUUUGGGUGUAACAGGUGCUUUGGCAGUUUUGAUGAAAGAUGCAAUUAAGCCAACGCUAAUGCAAACAUUAGAGGGAACACCAGUAUUUGUUCAUGCUGGACCUUUUGCUAACAUUGCACAUGGAAAUUCUUCUGUUUUGGCAGAUAAAAUUGCCCUUAAAUUGGUUGGAGAGAAAGGAUUUGUAGUAACUGAAGCUGGCUUUGGUGCUGACAUUGGGAUGGAGAAAUUCUUCAACAUCAAAUGUAGAGCCUCUGGCUUGGUUCCCAGUGUGGUUGUACUUGUUGCUACAGUGAGGGCUUUGAAGAUGCAUGGAGGUGGGCCAAAUGUAACUGCUGGUGCCCCCUUGAAGAAAGAAUACACAGAAGAGAACCUCCAGCUGGUAGCUGAUGGCUGCUGUAAUCUACAGAAACAGAUUCAAAUUACUCAGCUCUUUGGAGUUCCUGUUGUGGUUGCUCUAAAUGUCUUCAAAACUGACUCUCCUGCUGAGGUUGAUCUGGUGUGUAAGAUUGCAAAGCAAUCCGGAGCAUUUGAUGCUGUACCCUGCAAUCACUGGUCAGCUGGUGGUAGAGGAGCAGUCAAAUUAGCUCAAGCUGUGGAAAAGGCAGCCAGUCAGAAAAACAGUUUCAAAUAUCUCUACAGCUUGGAGCUUCCUAUUGUUGAAAAAAUAAGGAUCAUUGCUCAGAAGGUGUAUGGAGCUCAGGAUAUAGAGUUGUCUCCUGCUGCGCAGUCACAAGUUGAGCGUUACACCCAACAGGGAUUUGGAAAUCUUCCCAUUUGUAUGGCAAAAACUCACCUAUCCCUCUCCCAUCAGCCUGAGAAGAAGGGUGUUCCCACUGGUUUCAUUUUGCCAAUUAGUGAUGUGCGAGCCAGUAUUGGAGCUGGAUUCAUCUACCCUUUGGUAGGAACGAUGAGCACCAUGCCAGGACUGCCCACGAGGCCAUGCUUCUAUGACAUUGACCUUGACCCUGUCACAGAGCAAGUGAAAGGAUUGUUUUGA